AUGGACGCGCGUUCGGUCCGCGCGCCGCUCAUUGGCCGAGUGAAGCGGCGGCCAUCGCUGCGAGACUCGCGCUCGCCCAAUAGAACUGCGUCCCGCUCGCCCCGCCCACUUCCUGUUAGCGAGUCGGCGGGAGAACGCGCCAGUAUUCACAUGGACCAGCUACGACACGGACGCUCGCUCACUCACGCACACACUCAUACCGUACACAUACACUCUACACUCACAGAGAAAAUGAUGCUGAUGCGACGAAACAAACAUCCGACCUACAGAUAUGAAUAUUGCUAG